CAGUGGCGCAUGCAAGGCAGGCUUGAAAUGCGCCUGAUCUGGCCAGGCGGAUGAAAGCAGAGGCGCACUGAGGGGAGAGAGGAAAAAGUUCUCAACAAGGAGAGGCAGGACUACUCUUACUGAGCCCCUGCAGUCUCACUUUUCUGUGCCUCGAACAGACUUUCCCUGCUAUCCUUUUUUUUUGUCUGUGUGUGUGUGCGUGCCAUUUUCUCACCCUGCACCGCUGCUUUGACAUUUCCGUGAGAGAAAUCCUACUUUUUUCUACUUAAGUGAAAGCACCAGCAGCACCAUGGAGCUGCUCUGCCUCGAAAUGGACACCAUCAUUCGAGCUAGUCCCGAUCCCAACCUCCUGUGCGAUGACAGAGUCCUGCAAAGCUUGUUGACCAUAGAGGAGAGAUUUCUACCCCAGUUCUCCUAUUUUAAAGGCGUCCAGAAAGAUAUUCAGCCCUUUAUGCGGAGGAUGGUCGCCACUUGGAUGUUGGAGGUCUGUGAGGAGCAGAAGUGCGAGGAAGAAGUUUUCCCUCUGGCCAUGAACUACUUAGACAGAUUUUUAGCCGUGGUACCCACCAAAAAGUGCAACCUGCAGCUGCUGGGGGCAGUCUGCAUGUUCCUCGCGUCCAAAUUGAAAGAGACUCGUCCAUUAACUGCAGAGAAACUUUGCAUCUACACAGACAAUUCCAUCAGACCACAGGAGCUGCUGGAAUGGGAACUGGUGGUGUUGGGGAAGUUGAAGUGGAACUUGGCAGCGGUGACACCAAAUGACUUCAUUGAGCACAUUGUGAGACGGCUGCCACUGCCUGAGGAUAAGCUGGCACUUAUUCGCAAACACGUCCAGACCUUCAUCGCCCUCUGUGCCACAGAUUUCAGAUUUGCCAUGUACCCCCCCUCCAUGAUUGCCACAGGAAGUGUGGGGGCAGCGAUCUGCGGCCUCCAGCUGGAUUCAGCGGACCAGUCACAGUGGGGCGAGGGUCUCACAGACCUGCUCGCCAAAAUCACAAACACAGAAGUGGAUGUUCUUAAAGAGUGUCAGGAACAGAUCGAGCGCGUGCUGGUCAGCAGCCUGCGUGAGGGCCGACAGCAGCAGCAGCAGCAGCAGCAGACACAGAGGGGUCCCAGUGGAAAAGGUCUCGACGAGCUGGACCAGUCCUCCACCCCGACAGACGUCCGCGAUGUCAACUUGUGAACCACCAGAGGGCGUCAUUGCACAGGAUUUCUUUUUCCCCCCAACGACGACAACAAAAAGCAUCAUAAAAAAAACCCUCACUUUUCCUAAAAGCAGAAAAAAAAGAAGAAAAGAACAAAAAAUGUUU